AUGCAGGGAGGAAUGUCCGCUGUGACGCUCAUGCUGAUGCUGGCGAUGUUGUCAUGUCUGUCGGGGUCACAUGGCGUAGACGAAGAGACAUCGAUAACACGAGAUGACACCUGCAACUCUGAUUCAUGCAGCUCCGAAAGUAUCCGAUACGAGUUCCAAGUUGCUGCCUGCACGAUAUUCCGCGAUGAGGAUCGUUUUCUCUCAGAAUGGCCCAGCGACUUCUGCUUCCAAGAGAUCUUGCAGCCGUACGUUGCCAGCGGCCUUGUUACAGUGGCUCAAGCAGUCAACGUGAGGGAUCCUCAAAUUCCGACGUACAAUCUCUGCGUAGAGCGAUACUCUAGGAGAGCAAGGUGGUUGGCCUUCAUAGACGUCGACGAGUUCCUCUUCCCUUCCAACUCCUCUCAGACUCUUCCGGAGGUGCUCGAGAGGUUUGUAGACUAUGGCGGCGUCGUGGUGCCAUGGACGCUGUUCGGCUCGUCAGGACACAUCCGUCCGCCACAGGGGCUUGUGAUUGAGAGCUACACGCAGCGGAGAGCGAAGGCUGAGUGCAACGGAGACACAUGCGCGUAUAAGGUGAUCGCUCAAGGAGAGAGGAUCUCAGCGUGCGACGUUCACAACCAUUACUACAAGGAUGGAUACUUUGCGGUGAACGAGCAAGGAGUGCGUAUGCAUGACGACUCUUCUCUCCUGCCGACAGAGAGCGAGGAUGGAGACUUCACCAGCAACCUGUUACGGUUGCACCAUUACAAGACGAAAUCCCUGGCGGAUGCCAUGUGGAAGCACUUGAACAAGGACGGAGUCAACGCCCAGCACAGCGAGAGCUUGAACCCGAAGACGAGGAGUGGGAUAGAGCGAUGGUUCCAGAGCUCGGACUACAACGAGGUGCAGGACGAGUCCGCUCUUGCUUGGCUGCCUUGUGUGCGGCGAACCACGAGCCGUAUGAGGAUGCGGAUGUCGAGAGAAGGGCAGGAGUGCGAGCACAAGGUGAGAGCAGAGGAUGCGCUAGAGACAGCUGAGAAGAAAGAGCCGGCGGGAAGCAGCAGCCCCGAGGUCUCGUCGGAAGCUGGCAGGUCGUUCACCCUUGUGUCCGCCUACUACCCGGUGCCAUCGAAACGAGCAGCGGAGGUCUACGAGCAGUGGAUGAUGAACUUCUUCGAGUACGUCGAGAGCCCCAUCGUGGUAUUCACGAACGCGAUGGGAUGGAGACUGCUGGAGAAGCUGAGGCUACAGAGAGAGAACGUCAAGGUGCUUAUGUUAGAGAUGCAAGAUUUCUUCGUGUACAAGUGGAAGGAUGACUUCGUCCAACACUAUGAGAUGGACGACGAGAAGUAUCACUCACCUGAGCUGUAUAUGGUUUGGAACGAGAAGACGUCUUUCCUUCUCCGCGUUAUCGAGAUGAACCCCUUCAAGUCCCCUCGCCUCGUUUCUGUGCUACCCGUGACGGCAGCGGCAGCUCCGACACCUUUCUCUGGAAGGUGGCCGAGCAGCCGAGGGCUGUCGAAGAUACCGCAGGACAAGAUUGUGCUGUUGCAGAUCGAGCCCUUCACGCCCGAAGAGAUGACGUCGCUAGAGAAUCUCGGACCAGACUACUCGCCUGUUCGAUGGGGAAGGCUCUUCUACAACAUGGUGGACAGCUACAUCAAGAGAGGGCGAUUUGCUGGCAAGGAUCAGAACAUGUUUGCAACAGUUUGUCUCUUCAAUCCUGACAUCUGUCAUCUUGUCUCGCCUCCGCCUACUCAUCAUGAUCAUUGGAUGUAUCUGAAGGAGUACCUGAGAGACUGA